AUGGAAUUUAUGGAUAAAAGCUUUUCUGAAGCAAUAAUAAAUGGAAACAAUCAAAGUAUAGCUAAAUUAGUGCCGGAAGGAUCUGAAAUCAAUAAAUGUUUCCAUGGAGAAUUCAAAAUUAAAUCGAAAUCCAAGAAAAAUGUAUUUCCUUUUAUAACAGAUCCAACCCCGAUAGUUCUUUGUAUUCUGUGCGAACAAUCACAAACUCUAAAAUAUCUUUUGGAAAAAUAUAAAGUCGAUUUAUUUCAAUAUGUCGGAGAAUGGGCUCCAAUCCACUACGCAUGCUGCACUGAAUCAUACGAAUGCUUAGCAAUAAUGUUAAAAAAUAAAUCUUUCCAACAAAAAAUUGAUAUUCCGAUUCUAAGCUCUAUAAAUGAAACAAAUGAUUUUAAAACGACUGCAUUACAUGUAGCAGUUACAAACAAAAGGUAUUCACAAGUUAUUUUACUAACACAAAACUUAAUUUAUGCUAAAGCCACAACUGCCCUUGAAUUCCUCAAUCAAAAUAUCCCUACGAUAUCUCACAUUGACCAGAAAUCAAUGUCAGGAAAUACAGCGCUACAUAUUGCUGUUUAUUUAAAAGAUCUUGAAAUGUGCAAAAUUCUUAUUUCAGGAGAAGCAAAUCCAAAUAUUGAGAAUGAUGAAAACAUAUCUCCUUUGGCAUUUGCGAAAAACCAUAAUUAUUCAGAAAUUUUAAGUGUUCUACGCAAUAAUUUGCUGUAUUCAAGGGAUUAUCUUCUCCAGAAAUACUUUUCAAAAGAGUUCCUCCAGGAAUAUAAAAUUGAUUGUGAUGUUCCAAUUGAAAAUCAACUUAAAGCUAAAUUUGAGGAUCUUCAGUCAGAAAUUAUUGAUAUUUCGGCUCAACUCUCUCAAUUGGAAUCGAAACUCUAA